UUUUGAAACAUAAACUUAUCUUAUCUAAAAUUACCUAAACUUAUAAGAUGUCAUUAAACUUAUUUUAGUUGUAAUUUAUAAUCGGUAUUUGACAACCUUAAUCAAAACUUUUUCUUAGAUCACCACAAUGGCCCAAAAAUAUCCUCUAGCCUGACAUAUCAGCCCAGCAGUUCAUUCAAUUUCCAACAUAAAAAAAAAAAUAAAAAAUCCAACAUUUAUCUCUCGUAUAUUUAGGGUUCUAGAGAAUAAAUUAAAAAAGGAAACUUGAUGAAGCUUUCUUAGGAAAUUCUUCCGAGUUAUCUAAACCUACAAGUAAACAGAGGAGAGAGAAAGAGAGAAUUAGGAAAGUAAAGUUCAUCAAUUCUUUAACAAUUCUUUAACAAUUCUUUCUACUUUCUUCAACCUAUGAUUCUUUGAUUAUUCUUCGAUUGAGCUAUUUAUCUCCCCAAUUGCCGAAUUCGAGUUCAUUUCAGAUCUUUCUUCAAACGAAAGGUUUUGCUCAUACGCUAAAUGAACUUUGAUUCACCCCUAGCUUGGAAACGCAGAAGACUGACCAACAUUGACCCAAUGGACGCAGAGGCAGCUAGAGCUAAGCUAGAAGCUGCAAAAGAAAAAUAUGGCAGGGAAAUUCAUGUCUUCGAAACUUCAACACAAUCAACAGCGUCUCAAUCACCACCUGAGGCAGCUAAUACUGAGGAAACAGAUGAUUUUUACGAGUUUACCGCUGCAGAUUACCAUCUCCUCUUGGCAACCAAGAAGGAAGACAAAUACUUGAAGACCAGAAAAAUUCGAGAAGCAGAGACAGCAGCCCGCAGGUCAAAGAUGACCAAAGCUGUAAUUCGGAUACGCUUUCCAGAUGGUCAUACUUUAGAGGCUACAUUUCAUCCAUCAGAGCCAUUACAGAGCAUCUUUGAUCUUUUGAAGAAAGUACUUGCAAGACCUGAACUUCCCCAUUAUUUGUAUACCACCCCACCAAAGAAGCAAAUAAAGGAUACCAGUCAAGACUUCUUUACUGCUGGUUUCAUUCCUGGUGCAAUUGUGCAUUUUUCAUACGACUUGCCAAAGGAUGAUGUAGCUAAUUCAGGUCCAUUUCUUCAAGAAGAUGUGAUGUCUCUGAAGGGCUUGGAGCGUGUACCAGAACCAAAGAAAGAACCCACCGAAUCAACUUCUGAGAAUGCAACUGUAAAUGAUCCACUUGCUGUUCCUGAGCGCAAACAAACCGACAAAAAAGCUAUUAAGCCAAAGUGGCUGAAGAUGUGACGGCUGACAUAUGUGAAGCUCUACGUAAUCCUUAGAUGAUUAAGUGGGAAGGUGCAUGAUCUGUAUUUCAUGGUUUUAAACAUCAGUCAAUUUAUAACUUUUUAAGUGUUAUACUUGUUUUUGUUGGUCUACUAUAAGCUUCAGUCAGUGAACAUUUAAUACAAGUAAUUUUUGUUGUUCAUGCUCUGAGCUUGUGGCUUGAUGUUGAAGUAUCAUGUAGCCGUCUGUUGCUAUGCAUCGUCUUCCUUGCUGUAAACACUUGUAGCACCAACGAAAGCAAUAAAAUUCAAUUGGACUUGAUCACAACCUGUAAUAUGACACAGGGAAUA